AUGAAGAGAUUAGGAGACAGCGGUAGCUCUUCGCAACCUAAGGCACCAUCUGGUUCUUCACGUGGAGACUCAUGUAAUGGAGGCGGAGGAGGUAGUGAUCUUGGUUGUACCUUGCGGGAACAAAGAAAAAAUUAUGCCUUAACCUAUCUCAAGGAAGUGAAGGAGACGCUUCAAGACCAAAGAGAGAAAUAUGACAAGUUCCUUAAGGUCCUGAAAGAUUUUUUGGAUCAAAGAACUGAUGCUUAUGACGUCAUUGCCAUAGUGAAGGAAUUAUUUAAAGGGCAUAAUAACUUGAUUUCUGGGUUUAACUUCUUCUUGCCAAAGGGGUCUGAAAUAGGCCUUGACAAUGAUAAGUCUCAUCCACAGGAAUUAUUUAAUGAAGCUUGGAGCUUUGUAACCAAGAUAAAGGUACGCUUUCAAAAUGAUGCAAGUGUUUAUAUAGAAUUCUUAGACAUUUUAAUUGAGUUCCGGAAGGGACACAAGGACAUAAAUACAGUCCAAAAUCAGAUUUCCAUUCUUCUUGAUGGUCAUGCGGAUUUAAUUGAUGAGUUCACUAGAUUUCUUCCUCAGAACGCUGAAUAA